UCGCGCGUGAGGCAUACCGUUCGCACCGUCGCAGGCUGUGUGUGCAACGCCACUACACGUCGGUUCGCGGAAGGAAUCGAGCUCGAACUACCCCCUCGUCACACGCAUCCGACCGACACGACCAUACACGGAACACGUUGCAGAAAGUCUAUGGCGUUGAAUGUUUUUGUGUGCGUGUGUGCGUGUAUGCAUUAGUGUUGUGGUCCCGCUGAUUGCUGUCUGAAACAUGAAAACGACGUCCGUGUUCAUUACUUCCUAGCGAGAAAAAGCAAUAUAAAGUGAAUUGUUAGUGAUCGCAAAACCAAAAAAAGGGCAGCAGAAAAUCUGCCACGUAAUAAGAGUGUUCCGUGACGAAAACGACCGUAGAAACGGUCUUGUAGCUGCCUGCUGGCGCAAGAAAUGAUCUUCGCGUACAACGCGCGUUACAAUGAGAGGCGAUUAUGGGACGCUGUGAUUGUCAGGCACGGUCCUGGCCGUGGCCGUUGAAGCGUCCGGUUCGAUGAAGUGACGAGAAUUGUAAACGAUGCCAGAAACAUCAUGCUCUAAAUGACACCGUGUCGCAAAACUGCGUUCUUUGCUAAGGCUAUUGCAGCUAACGCUCAAAAACACGCUGGCAACGCACGGCACAGUGACGGUAAGGUGUCGGUACGCGAAAUUCGAGUGUAAUUAGAGAGUUUACACGAAAAACCAUCUUUUUUCUUGUGGUAGCAUGCGGCAACAACCUGCUAUAUGUGACUCUGGUGUAUGGUGGAGUAAUAGCUCGGCUGAACUCGGUCUUCAGCGCAACGAAUGCAACCGGACGACCCGAUAUGUGCGAUAUAUGCUGCUGAAAGUGAUUCCGUCAUGACUUGUGGUUUGCGUACCGUAGUGUGUGAGCUUUUGUUUUUGCUCGCUCCGACAGUUUUCCCAAGCAGAGCAGAGUAAGCUCCACAUCAAACCGCGCUACACGAUCCUUUCCCAGUGCGUGGGUUGCGUGUGGGUGUGUGCAUCUUAAAAUUGCACUUAGCGCACAUGUGAACAAAGUGUAACGGAGCUGGAAAAUAAGAAAAAAGCAGAAAAGCUACACACACACACACAUCAUCAUCAUCAUGCUGCCGAGAGUUCGUACGCUCUCGCGUCCUUUCAUCCCCGGUGACGCAUUAACGCGACAGCCGCUAGCCGAACGGAGGAAGACAUCGGCCACCGCCAUGCUGCGAAAGGAUGCAAAUAAAUGAAAAGAUGAAUAAUAAAUGAGACAACACCACGCGGAGAAUGAAUGACCGCGUAAUGGCGGCUGUACCGUGCACGAUUCAAUGCUCGUGGUAGCUGCCACUGUACAGUGCUUCGAAGGAAAAUGAAGCCCGCGGUUUGGCGGAUCGCUGUACGAAGGCGGGCCAGUGGCUGUAAUGGUGUAAAAGAGCCAAAUGUGGUAGCUGCAAAUGGAGCUAAAGAACGGUUAUUGUUUUCGGUGAUGGUGACGACCUGCAUAUGUAAAAAAAGCCUCCGGCGCGGUCUCUGUUUCCUGCAAGGGUGAAAAAUGAGUGCAUCAAAAAUGCGUUGCACCACGCUUCAUGAAGCUUUUUUGUGUCCGUCUUUAGUGACAAAACAGCAGCUAGAUGUGCAUCGAACGCAGAGCGCUAGGUGAAUGUCGCAUCUGUGGGCUGUUUUUUUAUCACAGAUUUCCUACCUACAAUCGUUACGCGGCGUUACGGAUGCCAUGACGGCAAUGUGGUAAAUGUGUUACAAGUGAACAGUUUACGCAAAACCAUUUGAAGACGUGCAAAUCAACGAUCUCGCGAAAAAAAGGCACUUGCUUGUCUGAUAUCGAAAAAAUUGAUGCAAAGUAACAAAUUGUCCAUCGCCGUCGAGUGAAGCUACUGCAGUGGUUAAUCGUAAUGGUGGAUUGUCCUCGAACAACAAGUGCAAUCGAAGCGAAGUGCAUCUUCAGCCGAAGUGAUCAACAAAAGUUUAAAGAGGUGUUAUGUGCUCGUUUGUAUGUGUGUGUCAUGCUGUGCUUGUGAGUGAGAAAUAAUAAAAAAGGAAGAAGUGUACGAAUGUUAUCCCAAAUCAGUUGAGUGCUCUCAAUCAGUGAUCCAAUGGUGCUGUAAUGUGUAGUUUUGUUUGUCUCGUGAUAAGCUCAUUCGGUGCGGCGAUUCGGUGAUGCGAGUGGCAAUACGCAAUAUAAAAAGGGAGAGAAAGUGUUGUUAAUUAAUUCAUUGUCACCCGUUACGCAAUAAUCGUUGUUAGGAAAAGUUUGUGCUCAAUUUAUAAGAUUAGCGUGGUAGAAUCGUAAAACCCUUAUCCUCUAGUCAACGUACGCUCGAAUCCUUCCUCCUUCAUCCUUCAACUAAUUCCGAUAGCGUUACUAUAGAAGGUGGCAAUCUUUACACACAGCAGACCCAAUCGUUACUACAACCGAGGGCUAGGUUGUACAGUAGCCGAGUAGACGCAUUAGCAAUGUAUAGAAUUAAUCUCACACUUCGUAAGGUUCCUGAGACUGAUAUCCGAAAAACAGGACCAGCCCCGUUGCGCGCUCGAUAAGGUCUAAACACACUCUCAGAAAAGGUCGUUGAAAGGCUGAUAUUACUGAAGCAAAAAACCAUAAUCUUCUGAAACACAGUGUUUUACUUGCCCAUUAAAAAGUAAAAUAGGAAAAUAGUAGAAUCUCAUUCGUUACAAGCUUCGCCAAUAUUAGCCUGCAUUGUCCAAGUCGACUCUUGCUGACUAACCGUCCCUGCGUAACAAUUAACCAAACCAGAACGAAAAACGAGAGAGCGAGAGAGAGCCACCACCCACAAGUAUAGGGAUUUCCCACGACCGGAAAUGGGGCUGUGGGUGGUCGAUUCGACCGCAGCCUUACUGUUGGCAUUAGCCGCCACACUUUUCCUACUGGCUGAGGUGCCGCAGAUUGUGGUAGCAUCACAUGGAAAUUUUUCGGAUUUUCCAUUCAUUUAUCUGACACAUCCCCCGGAAAUUAUAAAGAAGCCAGUCAACCAGGGCGUACGAGUAGGCGGCGUGGCUACCUUCUUCUGUGCAGCUCGCGGUGACCCGCAACCAACAGUGAUAUGGCGCAAAAAUAGCAAAAAGAUUAUGAUGACCCAGUCACGAUACACGGUGUACGACGCUAAUGGAGUUUCGAUGUUACGUAUCGAACCGGUGCGUGCUGGACGUGACGAUGCACCGUACGAGUGUGUGGCCGAGAACGGUGUCGGCGAUGCAGUUUCGGCCGAGGCGACGCUGACCGUUUAUGAAGGAGACAAAACACCGGCCGGAUUCCCCGUCAUCAAGCAAGUACCCACCAUUCGUGUAAUUGAAACGGGUCAUACGGCCGUGAUGCAGUGUAAGGCAACUGGUUCACCGCCGCCAAAGAUCUACUGGAUAAAGGACAUGAAGCGCGUUGAUAUGACUAAUCCACGCUACAGCAUCAACAGUGAAGGAAGCCUACAAAUUGACAACAGCGAAGAGAGCGACAUGGGCAAGUACGAGUGUGUGGCGGAAAACUCGGUUGGCACCGAGCACACGAAACCGACGCCACUGUACGUGAAAGUGCGACGUGUUCCGCCAACCUUUUCACGCCCACCGGAGCCCGUGUACGAAGUAAUGCUGGGGGCCAAUCUGACACUCACCUGCGUAGCCGUCGGUUCGCCGAUGCCGGUCGUCAAGUGGCGCAAGGGCGUUGAUCAGGAUUUAACGCCAGAAAACGAUGUCCCCGUGGGGCGGAACGUGCUCGAGCUGACUGACAUACGAGUCAGUACUAAUUACACCUGCAUCGCUCAAUCGUCCCUCGGUGUCAUCGAAGCUACCUCGCUGGUCAAAGUUCAGUCGUUACCGGCUGCGCCUACGGAUGUGACAAUAUCGGAGGUAACUGCUACGCAGGUGCGGCUCGAGUGGUCUUACAAGGGCCCGGAAGAUCUGCAGUAUUACGUUAUACAGUACAAGCCAAAGAACGCAAAUCAGGCGUUCAGUGAGAUUAGUGGCAUUAUUACGAUGUUCUACGUGGUACGCACGCUAAGCCCGUACACCGAGUAUGAGUUCUACGUUAUUGCGGUGAACAAUAUCGGCCGAGGACCACCGUCAUUACCGGCCACUACGAUCACCGGGGAGACAGGCGAUUCCGUAUAUGGAGGUUCCAAAAUGGAAAGUGCUCCGAGAAACAUCGAAGUGAAGCCGUUAAGCUCGUCGACAAUGCUUAUUACGUGGGAACCACCUGAGACUCCUAAUGGACAAGUAACCGGCUACAAAGUGUAUUAUACAACAAACCCCAACCAGCCCGAAGCAUCGUGGGACUCGCAGAUGGAAACCAACGACAUGACGACCAUUUCGGAGUUGACUCCGCAUGCCAUCUACACUAUUCGGGUGCAAGCAUUUACCUCAAUGGGUGCCGGUCCCUUGUCCAAUCCGGUACAAGUCAAAGCACAGCAAGGCGUUCCCUCGCAACCAAGCAACUUUCGGGCUACCGAUGUCGGCGAAACAGCUGUCACCCUGCAAUGGUCUCGGCCGACUCACUCGGGCGAGAACAUCGUACACUACGAGCUGUACUGGAAUGACACUUAUGCAAACGAGCAGCAUCAUCAACGAAUUCCAAACACCGAGACCUACACGUUGAGCAGCUUGUAUCCGGACACACUGUACUACUUCUGGCUGUCGGCACGAUCCCAACGGGGCGAGGGUGCCACCACGCCUCCGAUACCAGUACGAACCAAACAGUACGUACCCGGUGCACCGCCCCGUAAUGUCACUGUCGAAGCGACAAGCCCAACCACUAUCAACGUGUCCUGGCUGCCACCACCGGUCGAACGAUCGAAUGGGGCCAUAGUUUAUUAUAAGGUGUUCUUCGUCGAAGUGGGGCGAUCGGAUAGCGAGGCCACGGUAACCACCCUCAACUCGACUAGCAUCGUCCUGGACGAGCUAAAGCGUUGGACCGAGUACAAGAUUUGGGUCCUCGCUGGUACCUCCGUUGGGGACGGACCCCGAUCGUACCCGUACACGGUGCGCACUCAUGAAGACGUACCUGGCGAUCCGCAGGACGUUAAAGCUAGUCCGGUCAAUUCGACCACUAUUUAUGUGACCUGGAAGCCCCCGAAGGAGAAAAAUCGAAACGGUAUCAUCCGCGGCUAUCACAUACAUGUGCAGGAAAUGAAGGACGAGGGCAAGGGACUCUUGAACGAACCUAUGAAGUUUGACGUAGUGGAUGGGUUGGAGUAUAACGUCACCGGACUUCAACCGGACACUAAGUACUCGGUUCAGGUGGCGGCACUCACGCGUAAGGGAGACGGGGAUCGCAGUGCCCCGAUAUCCGUUAAAACACCGGGCGGUGUCCCGAUCCGACCAACCGUUACCCUGAAGAUCCUCGAGCGUGAUCCAACUGUUUCGAUCGAGCUGGAGUGGGAACGCCCGCGGCAAACCUACGGUGAGCUGCGAGGAUAUCGCGUUCGUUGGGGUGUACGCGAGCAAGCGCUCAACGAAGAAAUCCUCCAGGGAACGCAACUGAACGUGAAGCGCAUCAACGAUCUGGAGCGAGGGGUAGAGUACGAGUUUCGUGUCGCGGGAAUGAAUCACAUCGGCAUCGGUCAGGAAGCGGUCAAACAUCUGCAAACUCCGGAAGGCUCCCCGACUGGUCCACCGACUAACAUUGCCGUCCGGUUCCAGACACCCGAUGUAGUUUGCAUUACCUGGGAUCCACCGACCCGAGAGCAUCGCAACGGACAAAUCACCCGUUACGACGUUCAGUUUCACAAGAAGAUUGACCAUGGCCUUGGUACGGAACGGAAUACCACCGUCCGGAAGGCGGUGUUUACGAACCUGGACGAGAGCACCGAGUACAUAGUGCGUGUCCGAGCCUACACCAAGCAAGGAGCGGGGCCGUUCAGCGAAAAGCUCGUCAUUGCGACGGAACGUGAUAUGGGGCGUGCUCCGUUCUCGGUGCAGGCCGUUGCAACCUCGGAGCAGACGGUAGAAGUUUGGUGGGAACCGGUUCCAUCGAGAGGCAAAUUGGUGGGAUACAAAAUUUUCUACACCAUGACCGCCGUUGAGGAUUUAGACGAGUGGCAGACGAAGGUGGUCGGCGUUACCGAGUCGGCCGAUCUGAUCAAUCUGGAAAAGUUCGCCCAGUACGCAGUGGCUAUUGCCGCCAUGUACAAAACGGGGCUCGGAAAGCUGAGUGAGAAGGCGACGGUAAAGGUGAAACCCGAAGACGUUCCGUUGAACUUGCGGGCACACGAUGUUAGCACGCACUCGAUGACACUGAGCUGGGCUCCACCGAUUCGGCUCAAUCCGAUUAACUACAAAAUAUCGUUCGAUGCUGUGAAAGAGUUCGUCGAUUCGCAAGGCAUAUCGCAGAAGCAGGUGUUACCGAGGAAGGAAAUUGUGCUCAAAAGUCAUGUCAAGUCGCACACCAUCAGCGAGCUGUCACCCUUCACCACGUACUUCGUAAACGUCAGUGCAAUCCCGACCGAUUACACCUACAAGCCGCCGGCUAAAAUCACGGUAACAACCCAGAUGGCAGCUCCGCAACCGAUGGUGCAGCCAGACUUCUACGGCGUCGUGAACGGUGAAGAGAUACAGGUGAUCUUACCACAAGCCUCCGAAGAAUAUGGUCCCAUUUCGCACUACUACCUGAUCGUGGUGCCGGAGGAUAAGGCCAACUUGCACAAGAUACCGGAUCAGUUCCUGACCGAGGAGCUGCUUCCAUCCCGUCCAAAGCUAGACCGACUCAACGCACCCUACAUUGCGGCCAUGUUCCUGCAGCGAAACAUUCCCUACACCUUCCAUCUGGGGUCGGGUGAAACGAAUCACAAUUUCACAAACAAGAAGCUUGAACGAGGAAAACGCUACCGAAUUUUCGUUCGUGCCGUGGUCGAUACGCCGCAGAAGCAUCUGUACACUUCGAGCCCCUUUUCGGAGUUCCUCGCGCUGGACAUGAAAGAAGCACCGACGGGCGAACCACCACAUCGACCCAAUCCAAACGUUCCUCAGGAUCCGGAAAUUUUAAUUCGCGGUAAAAAUGAGGAACCCGGCAUGCUAUGGGUUGUUGGACCGAUCAUUGCCGCUUUAGUUCUGUCCGCCUGCUUCCUGGUGGUGUACUUCGUGCGCCGUCGCCGACAGCCGUGCAAGGCCCCGGACCAGGCAGCCGUCACGCGACCACUGAUGGCAGCCGAUUUGGGCGCCGGACCCGCACCGACAGACCCGGUGGAUAUGCGCCGUAUCAACUUCCAAACACCCGGCAUGAUUAGCCACCCACCGAUACCCAUUUCCGAACUGACCAAUCAUGUCGAGCGGCUGAAGGCGAACGAUAAUCUUAAGUUCUCGCAGGAAUAUGAAAGCAUCGAACCGGGACAACAGUUUACCUGGGACCACUCGAACAUGGAGGUGAACAAACCGAAAAACCGCUACGCAAACGUCACUUCGUACGAUCAUUCGCGCGUGAUCUUGCCUCCGAUCGAAGGGGUGCCGGGGUCCGAUUACAUCAACGCGAACUACUGUGAUGGCUAUCGGAAGCAUAAUGCCUACGUGGCCACACAAGGUCCGCUGCAGGAAACGUUCGGCGACUUUUGGCGCAUGUGCUGGGAGCUGAAAUCAUCGACGAUCGUCAUGAUGACGCGGCUGGAGGAGCGAUCGCGCAUCAAGUGCGAUAUGUACUGGCCGGCCCGAGGCACCGAGGUGUACGGUGCCAUGACGGUGACAAUCACGGAAACUCAGGAACUGGCAACGUACUCCAUCCGAACGUUCCAGAUCUACCGCAACGGUAGCAACGAACGGCGCGAGAUCAAGCAGCUGCAGUUCACGGCCUGGCCGGAUCACGGUGUGCCCGACCAUCCGGCACCAUUCUUACAGUUCUUGCGCCGCACCAAGUCGCUCACUCCUUCCGAGUCGGGACCGAUCAUUGUGCACUGUUCGGCUGGCGUGGGCCGCACCGGUUGCUACAUCGUGAUCGAUUCCAUGCUGGAGCGCAUGAAGUACGAAAAGACGAUCGACAUCUAUGGGCACGUGACGUGUCUGCGAGCGCAGCGCAACUACAUGGUACAGACGGAGGAUCAGUACAUCUUCAUCCACGAUGCGCUGCUGGAGGCCGUCAUCUGUGGCAAUACGGAGGUACCGGCUCGCAGCUUACACAAUCACAUCCAGAAGCUGAUGCAAACGGACGCCGGCGAAAGCAUUACCGGCAUGGAGAUGGAAUUCAAGAAGCUGUCAAACGUCAAGGCCGAUUCGACACGGUUCGUCACGGCUAAUCUUCCCUGCAACAAGCACAAAAACCGUCUAGUUCACAUUCUACCGUACGAAUCGUCCCGUGUCUGUUUGACACCGAUUCGCGGGGUCGAAGGAAGUGACUACAUUAAUGCCAGCCUGGUCGAUGGCUACCGAUAUCGUAACGCUUACAUUGCCGCCCAAGGACCUCUGCAGGAGACGGCAGAAGACUUCUGGCGAAUGCUCUGGGAACACAACUCAACAAUAGUGGUCAUGCUAACAAAGUUGAAAGAAAUGGGACGAGAAAAAUGCUUCCAAUACUGGCCUCACGAGCGUUCGGUGCGCUACCAGUGCUACGUGGUGGACCCGAUCGCCGAGUACAACAUGCCGCAGUACAAACUGAGAGAAUUCAAGGUUACGGAUGCUCGCGACGGGUCCUCGCGUACGGUGCGCCAGUUCCAGUUCAUCGACUGGCCGGAACAGGGCGUGCCAAAGUCGGGCGAGGGCUUCAUCGACUUCAUCGGCCAGGUGCACAAAACGAAGGAACAGUUCGGCCAGGACGGACCGAUUACGGUGCAUUGCAGUGCGGGCGUGGGCCGUACCGGCGUCUUUAUCACGCUCAGCAUCGUGCUCGAGCGGAUGCAGUACGAGGGCGUGCUGGACGUGUUCCAGACGGUGCGAAUACUGCGCUCCCAGCGGCCAGCAAUGGUGCAAACCGAGGAUCAGUAUCAGUUUUGCUAUCGUGCUGCGCUGGAGUAUCUAGGUUCGUUUGAUCAUUACGCGACCUAAAGAGACCCCAAAACAAGCCAUCUUCUUAUCAAUAUGCGCCUGACACUGUCCAUCUGUCGUCUGGCUGUCUGUCUGCAUCUCUGGCGCCGAUCAGCCAAUCAGCUGCCGGGGCCGAUCACAUGGUCGGCCGGUGUUUUAUUGUUCCAUCGCCAUAUUUUAUCAUACAUUGACGCGUAACUAGCAAUCAACCAAUGAACGGUUCACAAACAGUAGGGUGGCACAGUACAAGCAUCAUCAUCCUUUUACCCAGCCGUCUAUUGAUUUCGGUUUGCCAUCCCCCAAAAUCGCCAUUCUUCAAUCGAUAAUGACCCAGCAUCAUAAGCGCACGGAAUGUGUAUAUCCUCCUUCCGGGGCAAAAUUGUAACUUGAUAAGAUUUAGAAAGAUUUUCAAAAUUUGACUAUACUCAGCUACUCUACUAGGAAAAUCAAUAGGAAAACCAAGCAAGAAUGUAUCGAGAUACAUCCGGAUAAGCAAGCAAGACGAAAGCUAGCAAAAAUUUCCAACCAAACAUUUAAUAUCUAAGCGUUCGUCCGAAGCGUUCGACCCACUAGCAAUAAUGUGUCGAUUGUUCGAGACGACCCGAUAUAGGGAUGCGUGACGAAGCCGAAUCCAGCUUCGCAAGCGAGCAAUUAAGCAUAGAGAGCAUUUUUCAAAGCAAACCAAUUUCACAACUAAAAUUAACCUUAUAUAAAGCUAACUUUUAAACUAGCGCAACCGAGGAACCACUUCCCGGUGGGAUGGAAGGCCCACACACAUUCACACACUAGCAUCACACAAUCAUUACUGCCAUUUAGUAGGUACGGUACGUGAAAGGUGAAUGUGGAGAAGAGCAGGGGAAAGGGAUCGGUGUAAGUUUUAGAUGACAAAUAGAACACAAAACCCCCUUCAUCAAUUGACGAAAUUUUAAUCCGUUCGGGGGUUACAAUGCUGCUUUCGCGUUCCUUUUCCUAACUAGCUGGUGUGGACCGAUCGGUACACUUUCCUUCAUAUCUUACAAAAGCUGGACAAAGCGCGAUAUUUACUCAACUUUGCAUGCCAGUUACUGUGUACUGGCAGUCGACUUACCAAAACCAUGCUCAUAGUUUGAGGCUUAUUUUUAUGCCGUACCAUGCCGUUGGCAAUAAUUUUGUAAGGCUUCUUCCGUUUGACAGUAUAACCUCAGGUGGUGUUAGCUUUGGUGCCAUUUCUGGCUUAGCUCGCGUACGGUGGAACGGUCCGGUUUGGGUGGACCUUCCACCGCAACCACUCAGUUGUAAAGCGGACCUAGCACAUAUUCUCAGACACGGCUAAAAGAUAAAGAAAAGGAUGCUAUUAGCGUAAGCUUGCUACAUUGCUAGCAGAUCAAAAUGAAACAUCAAACGGUCAGACUGAUAUUAUUAGCGUAUCACUAGAAAUGGCAUGGACGUAUAUCAUACGGUGGGCAAAGACGAAUACACACGGUUCAGAUGGUGGACAAGGUGGACCGAGCGCAACUACUCGAAACUAUUCUACUAUACCAUUACAUUCUAAAAAGAAAACACACUCAAGCAUACACACACACAAAGAGACACCAUCAAACACAUACGAAUAUAUAUUUCGCACGACGAACGGCUAUCAGACCCCCCAAGUCGUACACGGUGGUACUUAUCGCCGAACUGCGGUUCGCUUAGCAAAAUCGCGAAAAGAAAAGAAAACCUAAUCGAGAACGAGUAACGAGGACUAUAUUCAUAUACUACGUCACGAAAAACCGCUCAUCGGGGCGGUGAGGCACAGAGUGGUUGAUAUAUAAUGAACGUUAAUUCAAAGAGACUUGGCUAAUGAUUUGACUUUUAAACUUAACAUACACGCAUACUCGGUAGGUAACAACAGCAGAGUAGAUCGGAACAACCGAAUUAGGUGAGUUUGAUGCGAGUGAAUGUAUGAAACGAUCGAUUUGAGGCUCGAACGAUCGAUUUGAUCGAAUGGGAGGCAUGAAUGGCACAUUAUCAGCCCGGCCCGACUGCUCGAAGAUGACUGAAUGAGUGUGAAUGUGAAGUGUGGUAAGACACUUGUAGAGGGGUGUAAAGGAAAGCAGAAACAAACACUACUAUAUCCGCUAGAUGUAGCCGUAGAUGAAAGCAUCGCGCAAAAGUAAACCUAUCACAGUUGUAAAAUCGUAAGCGGGAGGCGAGUCAUAUGAUACGAGGGUUAUAUAGGAACAAGCGAAACAAAACCGCCUCGACAAGGAGCUGCUCGCCCCCCACACACACACACACACAACCUUGUUGAGUCCUCUAUUUAAGCAGAUACACCUAUAGGAAACGUUACUUUCACGACGCAAGGACUAGCCAUCGUAGUUAAUUACAGACGUUGCCACGCUGCAGCAGCUUUGCCGAUCGUUGCUUCUGCGAUCAGCCGCUCAGUGUACAAUCGCUCCUUUUAUUUGCAGUUUUUUUUUGUUGUUCUACAUUCAAUACUCAACCACUUGUGUACUUGUGCUUUUGUGGGAUUUGUGUGUCUUUCAUGUUUUCUUUCUUCUGUUCGGCACCCUCAACGCACGCACGCAGCUCACGGAUUUUUAGAGGGGUUGAGUUAGGGUAGUAUUUUGAUGUGAUAUGUGCGCGUACAUUAAUAGUGUUGUUGCGUCUAGUGGCACCCAUUUUGCCGUAGAAUUAAUAUCCACACAUACACACGCAUUAAAACACAUUUAAGCAAACAUCACAAGCGCAACGUGGGGACGCAUGAUGAUGGUCCACUAGAGAACGUACGUGAACGUGGUAUAUGGGACGAUUCGUUUUCGCUUUAUUUUACGUACAUUCAUACAUACACGCAUACACGGACACGUAUAUAAUAUGUAUAUCUUUAGCGGCUAUUAUACGAGCAUAUUAGUUUGAGCAUUUACCAUAUCAUCAUGUAUCGGGGAAUGGAAACAGGAGGAACAUUCAUUGCCCUCAUCCUCAGCGUAUCAUCAUCACCCAUGCAUUAUCGUUAACGUAGAGAACCUUGGUCUGAAAUUGUAACUUCUUUUCCUUCCAACUUCCUCUACGUCCUGAAACGCACCAAGCGUAAGGUGAGGAUCGUGUUUAUGCCUCGUUUUUUUUCCUUCUUGCCAACCCAUUGAUCACAACGAUCUAGUUUUUAGGACAAGCCGAGUACACUGUUUUGGGUACCUAUUUUAAUCAUAAUCAUUACGAAAGGUACUUGCAUUUAAUUGUACGUUUACUCAGGGCAGCCAGCCCCAUUUACACCCUUCUCAAACCGUAAUCGCUCACUGCCCCACUGCAUUGUAUUUCGCCCUCGUUUAAAUCGUUAGUUUUUCAAUCGAAAGCAAUCAGUUCUCGAAUAUGUUUGCACCAAAUGAAAAUGAAUAGUCCCUAUGUUAUUGCUACUUAAAAUACGGCCAUCAAAACCAACCAAGAGGAACCAACGGCACAAUUGUCAGGAACGGGCAAUCAAUAGCGAACUAGGAGCGAUAGUAUUUAAAACGAACUCAAUUCCACACAGGAACACCCCUUUCAGUAUGUAUGAUUUUAUUAUCCGCACACAUGCACAUUCCAUUUACUAUCGUUUGAGGCUAGAAGAAGAAGGA